AUGCGCUGUGGUUUCGGUUGCCUUGAACCGAAAGCCGCCAAGUUCUUCCACUCCUAUGGUCUACUAGUCUCCCAGUAUCCAUUCAUUUUUCUUAUCUCUCCAAUUCUAGUCACUUGUUUUUUGGCAACUGGUCUUAUUGGAUUGGAACCAUUGAGUGAUGCAUUGUAUUUGUACACACCAACAGAUGCUCCCAGUAAAACAGAAAGGCGCAUUAUUCAUGACGCAUGGCCAUUGGUGGAUGGAACUUUUGUUGCAGGAAGAGCGGUGACACAGUCUCGUGAAGUUCAAGUAGCAGUAGUGGCUAGAAAUGAUGGGAACAUAUUGGAAAAGGUGUUCUCCGAUGAAUUGAAAACCAUGGAGGCUUUCAUUCGGAAUAAUAUUACUGUAGAAUUCAACAAUCGGACAUGGUCAUUUCCUGAUUUGUGCCUGGCUGGUCCUGAUGGUCGUUGUGCAAAUAAUGAUCAUAUUCAAUUAGUUUCAAGACUCUAUCAUCAUGGAAUCAAUAUCACUUAUCCAACAGUUAGAUUGGCUGAUAAAAGUGCAUACAUUGCAUCAGCAUUGGGCGGUGUGAAACUAGCAAAAGGAGAGAACAACGAGAAUAUAAUUGUUGAAGCGUCUGCAUGGCUUCUGAUCUACCAACUGAAGUUCUAUCCAAACGAAAUGUCUUAUAUCUCUGGAUUGUGGGAAAAAGAGUUUAAAAAUCAGAUGGACAGUUACAAAAAACGAUCGAAGUACAUUUCCAUCACUUACUUCCAUUCUCAAACUCUCUCGGAUGAGUUGAAAAGAAAUGCAGAACGACUGGCUCCAAAGUUCAUAGGUGCCUUUGUAAUCCUUGUUUGCUUCUCUGUUCUUUGUUCGAUUGUCACUAUAAAAGGAUCCGGGUAUAUCGAUUGGGUUGUUACAAAGCCUAUUCUCUCUGUUCUGGGAGUUUCGAACGCUGGCAUGGGUAUUGCCAGUGCUAUGGGAAUGUUGACAUAUAUGGGAAUUCAAUACAAUGAUAUUAUUGCUGUCAUGCCCUUUUUGGUAGUAGCUGUGGGAACGGAUAAUAUGUUCUUGAUGGUGGCCAGUUUGAAACGAACAGAUAGGAAUUUGAAAUAUGAUCAAAGGAUUGCCGAGUGCAUGGCGGAUGCAGCAGUUUCGAUUCUGAUUACUGCUUUGACAGAUGCUCUGUCGUUUGGUGUCGGAACCAUUACAACCAUCCCAGCAGUUCAAAUCUUUUGCAUCUACACCAUGUGUGCACUUCUUCUCACUUUCGCCUAUCAAUUGACAUUUUUCUGUGCCGUUCUGGUAUACUAUACACGAAUCGAAGAACAAGGCCUUCACAGUAUAUGGCUUCGACCUGCUGUCACCUAUUCAUCCACAUCUCCAUUAAACGUAAAGUUUUUCUGGUUGGGAUCUCAACCUCCAAAAGCAUUGCCUUCUUGUGGAACAUUCAACAGUUCUACUAGUUCAACUUCUUCAAUAAUGACUUCAUCAAAACAUCUUCAUCAUUGCACCGCCACGUCGUUUUUCCGUAAUUGGUAUGCUCCUGUUCUAAUGCAACCCUGGAUUCGAGCUAUUGCCGGAUUAUGGUAUUUGAUCUAUUUGGCGUUAUCAAUUUAUGGAUGUUCACAUUUGAAAGAAGGAUUGGAACCUGCCAAUUUAUUGGUUGAUGACUCUUAUGCUACACCACAUUAUAGAGUCUUAGAAAGACACUAUUGGCAUUAUGGAGCAAGUUUACAGAUUGUGGUGAAUAAUGCACCAGAUUUCAGAAAUCCGGUAGAACGGAUUAACAUGGAUAAAAUGGCCUCCACAUUCGCCAACAGUAAAGUUUCAAUUGGAGACGAAGGAGUUCAGUUUUGGUUGAGAGAGAUGCAAGUUUCAGAAGAUGUUCAUAAAAUCACUUAUGAUGAUGAGGUUACUUUUCAUCGUCAUCAAUGCCACCAUAUAAGAUUCUACGAUCAAGCUGCGAAGUAUAUCUACUCUGAUAUGUCCCAACCCUGGGUAGUGGAUGUUGUUUGGGGAAGAAACAAUCAAUCUGAGCAUGUUAUUAAAUCAUAUCGAUUCAUGAUAGGAAUGAGAGAUAUAUCAACUACUACCAAACAAACCGAAGCUACGAAUACCUUCAGGGAAAUUGCAUCAAGAUUCGAAAGAUACAAUGUGACAACGUAUAUGCCUUUAUGGUUGUUUACGGACCAGUACGCUUUAGUUGUACCUAAUACGAUGCAAGACAUUGUCGUCGCUGUUGCUUGUAUGCUCGUUAUCUCAGCUCUCCUUAUUCCACAACCAGUUUGUUCAUUCUGGGUUGCUGUUACGAUAGGAUCUAUUGAUUUGGGUGUACUCGGAUUUAUGACUCUUUGGGGUGUCAAUUUGGAUGCGAUUUCAAUGAUCACCAUAAUCAUGUCUGUUGGAUUUUCUGUUGACUAUUCUGCUCAUAUCACCUACGCAUAUGUAAUAUCCAAAGAGACAACUACAACAGCAAGAGUGUGUGAUGCACUUGGAGAUCUAGGAUGGCCAGUUGCGCAAGGUGCAAUGUCGACGAUACUGGCCGUUUCCGUUUUAUCCGAUGUGCCUGCCUAUAUGAUUGUCACAUUUUUCAAAACAGUGUUUCUCGCUAUUUCGAUUGGAUUCCUUCACGGAUUGGUUUUUCUUCCAUUGAUGCUUUCCGUAUUUGUUGGAUGUUGCUCAUCGAAAAAAGUUGAGGUGGAACCGAUCAAGGAGCCUCGUUUUAUGUUAACAUAUUGA